UGUGGAACUUUUAACUACAGCUUAAAAGAAAUUCAAGAAAUUCCAAUUAAUGAGUUCUGUCAUUAUGACAUCGAAAUUGUGCAAUGAAGUGUGUCGCAUGGAAAUUUUGCAAGUAAAUUUGCCCAUUUUUUUUCUCGUCGCUGGUUUACCAGUGACAGUUCGAGAGAAUAUCAGUAGAUUCCAAAUGCAUAAGCUAUGGAAGAAAACAAAAAAAACAAGUAGGGUGCCCAAUUCCCUCAAAAAAGUCCCAUGAUGAAGAAGGAAGGAAGAAAGGAAGAAAAUUUGAAGGAUGUCCGGUAAUAAAAAAAACAAUUUGAUAUUAUAACUCUCGAAC